CACAGUGGUGAGCGCCUUCUUUCUUUACUACAGCUUAGACUUGAGGAGCGUCAGGAUGGCGGCAGUGUUGCAGAUGUGCAUCUGAAGCGAUUUCGUCAGAUUCGAGCUCCGUUUAAAAGUUGUUUGUGUUGACACAAUGAGCAGCGGUACUCCUUACAUCGGCAGUAAGAUCAGUCUGAUCUCUAAAGCUCAGAUUCGCUAUGAGGGAAUAUUAUACACUAUUGACACCGACAAUUCGACUGUGGCCCUGGCGAAAGUGAGGUCUUUUGGAACGGAGGGCCGACCGACAGACCGGCCCGUGCCGCCGAGGGAUGAGAUCUUCGAGUACAUCAUCUUCAGAGGAAGUGACAUCAAAGAUAUCACCGUCUGUGAGCCUCUGAAGAUCCACCAUAGUCUUCCUCAGGACCCCGCUAUUGUUCAGUCGUCUGUCGGGACGUCGUCCAUUCAUUACCCUUCGCAGGGCGGCUACAGUCCUUACAGGAGCAUGCUGCCCUCGUACAGCCAGCUCGCGGCCAGCUCGCUCUUCAACCAGCAGUACGCGGCGGCGGCGGCUCUGGGCCUCGGGUCUGGUUUGCAUGGCGUUCCUGUGAGGAGAGGCCCAAUGGUCGAACAGGCUGUUCAGACCGUACCAGCGGAAAAAAACGACGCAGAAGAAAGGCUUGACCGGAGCGCAGCACAAGGCGGAGAAACGGGCAGAGCGCAGAGAGGCGGCAGAGGACCGCAGGCCCAGAGAGGUGCUGCCGUCAGCGCUGCACAGCAAGGAGCCUUGAAAGGACCGAGUCAAACCAAUGACGAGAACAAGCCUCCGACCAGCAGGAGAAGACAGGGAACGCGACGGUCCAGGAACCGCGGCCGAGGUCAAAUCCUCGUGGGCAACGCGAAGCCCAGCACCCUGCAGUUUGAGUCCGACUUUGAUUUUGAAAUGGCAAAUGCUCAGUUUAAUAAAGACGACCUGGAGAAAGAGAUUGAAGACAAGCUGAGCGUAACGGAACCAAAAGAGACUCCGGAGGAAAGCGGCGAUAAAGAGCAGGACAAGCCUGACCCUGACCCAGGACAAGCCGUCGAGGAGGAUCCUCUCGGGCCCAAGUGCUUUUACAAUAAAGCGAAGUGCUUCUUCGAUAACGUCUCCUCGGAGCUCAAGUCAAGGCGAACCACGUGGGCUGAGGAAAGAAAACUCAACGUCGAGACCUUCGGCGUUCCCGGUCGGUUUCUGAGAGGCCGUGGUUUUCGGGGUAAUUACAGAGGGCGGCGAGGCAGAGGGGCCGUGCAGCAUCCCGUUCCGCAAAGAGUAGGGAGCGGACGACUGUGAGACCUGAAAUACAUCCCGCCUUCCUCUGGGACAUGGUGAUUUGGUUUUGUCUAUGAGUUUGAUUUUUUCCAGUGUCCCAAACCUUCAGUGGUAAAUAUCACUAGACUGUUCUCCUCCUCUUGCCCUCCUGUGAAAAACAGCUACAUCGUUUGUUACUUUUCAUUUGAUGUUGAAACGGCGUUUUCCUUUUUGUUUAAUGUGUGUGAAGAAUCUCGCAACUUUAACCUGUGAGUGCACCUUAAUCGAUCAGUGAUUUUUGCAUUUGAAUUGGGAUGGCACUUUUAUUUGCAUGUACGGCCAAUUAAACAGCCAUUCAGGAAAAUCCAUUUAGAUGGAGUAGAUAAACUUCAGCCUAUGGUAUGUGAUCCCCCAUACAUUCUUAUUUAGUAUUACCCCUUUUGUUUUUGUGCGUGUGUAAAAUUGUAAGGGGAUCUUGUUCUUGAUUGUAACUAAUAAUAAACAUAGGAAAUGAAAGUC